UGUAAGAGGAAGUAAAAUACAUUGGGAUUUACCAAUGUACAUGUACCAGCGACCAUUAAAUGGGGAAUCAUGACCUUCUUAUUUUCGUGUUUUGGAAUAGCCUUUCUGUUGGCAAUGCUGUGGAGUAAUAUUUUUUCCCAGUCGUUGUAUGAUGAUGGUAAUCGAAACUACGAAGAGAUUAACAGGGAUAGCAAGCUUGUCGUUAUUCAAUCAUUGUUGCACAAUACAGAGACUACCCUGAAGGAAAAGAUCAACCAUUUACAAGAGAAAACAAACAUGGAAACUUUAAUGACUGAAAUUUUUAAUGAGAUGCUCAGCAUAUACAUGACCAAAAAGGUUCCUAACGAUACAACGAUUGACGAAGUGUGUUCAAGACAUCCAUAUUUGAUUUUAAGAAGUUAUACUGACUGCCAUAGAUACUAUAACUGUUCUGGCGGAGUCGGACGAUCCAUUGAAUGCAGUUAUCCAUUUUUAUUUUCUGAUGAAACUCUCCAGUGUGAAAACUACACGAAAGUUUCCUGUGGGACAAGAUAUGAACCAAAGUGGGCUUGUGAAUAUUCUGGAAUGACAUGCAUGCGUGCGCAUUGUAUCCCAUGCAGUGUGUCAUUCCCACCAUGUCGAGGGCUAAACGAUGGGUUCCAGUCGUGGCCAGGGAGGACUGAUUCUCCCUAUUAUGUUGUUUGCAAAAACGAAAGAACAAUUGACAAAGGUGUUUGUCCUGUGGACGCUAUAUGGAACAGUCAAGGGUUUCCUUACAAAGGACGAUGUGUACACCGCUAUGCCCUUCCUACAGAUUACAACCCAAACGGCGCCCUACCUUCGUGUAAUGGAACAUCUGACGGGAAUUAUCAAUAUCCUGAUCGACCUUGUGAUGCCUAUUACAAGUGUGAAUGUGGUGUAGCUUCUGCGGUGAAAUGUCCAAACAACACUGUUUUUGAUACUGUGAAGAAGACUUGUGAAAUUGGAGGAACAUGUGCUCCUUAAUUAAAGUAUAUCCCCAAUGUUUUCCUAUUGUUAUCUAUUUUACUUUAAGUUAACUUUGUUUAAAAAGGUUACCCAAUUUUUAAAGAAUGUGAAACUUUGCUUAAUGUACCUUUUAGGACGUAAUCCACGAAUAUAUGAAUCAAUAUUUUUCUUUUGAUACCAUAUUCAUCUAAAGGCAUGCAUAUCAGUGAACUUAAAAUCAACCCUCUUGGAAACGUUUACGCUUAGUAGUUUACUAAGAAUAAUUUUUGAAAAUUUGCUUUGGCAUUAAACUUUUUGCACAAUAUGCAUUCCUUUAAGGAUUUAACACGUGCAUAUCACACAUUAUAAUCAAAAUAAUGAAUUCUAUUAUUCGAAGAGUCCAUAUUGUAAAAUAAUUCAAACACGAUAUAUUAUCGUGUUUAUGUACACACAUAUUAAAAGAUAAAUAACAUGUUUAACUAUUUGUCAUUCGGAAUGUUUUUUAGUAUUAUUAAACAGUUUUGAUAGGUUCUGUAGUUUAAGAUUCUUUAGUGAAUGCUUUAUGUUGAGCAUUCAUUUUGUUGUUUGGAGUUGAAUUUGAUCAACUCUCCUAUGCAGUUACUUUUGCAAAACGGAAAUGAAAUAAAUUGAAAUGAAAUAGUGGUUGAACCUAAGCACAAAUCAUCACCAUUGACAAGACUUAAUGCUUGAAAAUAAUCGAGAAAUUCGGUGUAAUGUAUUCCUGAGCAAUGUUUUUCAAGGAUACUUAUUUAUUAAUACAUUGAAAACAGUAAGAUUGUAAAUGUUUAGAACUUAUUCGUAUACAUGUAAUUAUUCAUUAUGGCCAGAGUUAAAUUAGACUGGUUCUCUGUCACAAUUGUAACUACAUGUCAAGUACAGUCAUUUCAUGCAUAUCUUUUACAAUGUUAUGCUAUGCUAUGGUAUGCGGUUUUAAUGAUAUGCUAUGAAACUUCAAAGCUUAAGCAAUGCUAUGAGAUUUGUAUGCUAUGCUAAGAGAAAUUGAAAUGAAAG